AUGGCGGGCAAGUUUGAACCCAAGGUUCCUGUAACCCUAGAUCCUCCUAAGGACGACCCUAUCUCUGUCGAAGAACUAGCGAAAGCAGACGGCACCGAGGGGCAGAAGGCUUAUGUGGCAAUCAAGGGCAAAGUCUACGAUGUUAGUGGAAAUAAGGCAUAUCGAGAGGGGGGCUCUUACCAUGUCUUCGCCGGAAAGGAUGCUUCUCGUGCGUUGGCGAAGACGUCAACAAAACCCGAGGACGUAAAGCCGGAAUGGCAGGACUUGGAUGAAAAGGAAAAGCAAACCCUUAACGACUGGAACACCUUCUUCUCAAACCGGUAUAAUGUCAUUGGUGUUGUUCAAGGCGCAACGAACCUUGAGUAG